AUAAUGGCAAGAGAAGCGAUCUCUUUACACUACCAAAACAACCAACGGAGCCAGAGGUUCCCACAGCAAGUCCGGGACUUUUCGGGGGACAAUGCCUAUUAUACGCUGAUGAGUGGCGCGCCUCCAUGCAACACCACCUGUGUACUCGUCAGGGUGAAGUAAUGGUGGAAUUAAGGGAGUGAUAAGAUUGUAGAAUGCGUGGACUCGGCAAAUGGUUUCAGAAAAGGAUUCUGGAUGCCGUUUUGACACACCCUCCUCCACUGGUAGCUGUAGUUUUAACAAUCUUCUUCUCAGUUUUUGCCAUCGGCUUCUGGUGUGCCCAUUGGCUGGAUGAAGUUAAUCUUGCCGUUGAUAGAUCUCUGAAUAUUUUUACCGACAACAUAAAAAAUGAAAAUCUAUUAGAAAAACUGUCCAGUGGUCUCCCAAUUGAUGUUGUAUAUACUUGGGUUAAUGGCUCUGAUCCAAAGCUAUUGGAAGGACUGAAAUCCCUGUCAGCCGAGCGUGAACACGACUCCUGUCCUCUCUCACACUGCCUUCCUUCACCAUAUAUCAGCUUACUAGAUUCCGCAUUAUCAAAGGCCAAAUUAAAAUCGAUACCUUCAGUACUUGAAGUUGGGCAUCUGUUAGUUACGCACAAUAGUCGGCCUCACAACUUUACUUUGAUUCGUGUAACGGAAGUGAGUCAGAUUCCAACAAUUCUGGAGAAAAUAUCACUUCUUGCAAGAAAUGGCUCACAACCAAAACAGGCCUACUGGACUUCAGAUGUUGGUGGUGGUUGGGGUAUGAAGCAACAGCAGGCAGUGCUGGUUACUGGGGGUGGAGAUGUACCUCAUCAAACCCUCCUCACAUCUCUCUUCCCUCAUCGCACAAACAUUACAGCCUUAUGCAAUGUGUCUGGGUCAUCAAGUGUCCAGCUUGUGGAGUGUAAGGAAGAUGGAUUAAUCACCACGUUACUUCAGUCCAAAACUCACAUAGAGAUUUCACUCAAAAGUGUGAUUAAAAUUCGACAAGCCAUGCUGAUGCUUCAGCCAGACACUGAAGAUCACUUGAAGGAAGUUGAUGUCAAUAGAUUUGAGGAUAAUGAGGAGCUGCGGUAUUCUUUGCGAUCUUUGGAAAAAUAUGCACCUUGGAUCCGAAGAAUAUUUUUGGUAACUAAUGGACAGAUUCCUUAUUGGCUGAACCUGGAUCAUCCACGGCUAACUAUCAUCACUCAUGAAGAAAUAUUCACGAAUAUCAGCCAUCUUCCGUCUUUUUCUUCCCCAGCAAUUGAAAGUCAUAUUCACCGAAUUCCAGGUUUAUCAGAACACUUUCUGUAUGUGAAUGAUGAUGUGAUGUUUGGCUCUGAAGUUUGGCCUGAGGACUUCUAUUCCCCUGCCUCUGGUUAUAAGGUGUACCUGUCUUGGUCGCUGCCUGAAUGUUCGUCAGGAUGCCCGGGUUCUUGGCUUGGUGACGGCUACUGUGACACAUCUUGUAACACGACUGCGUGUGAAUGGGACGGUGGCGACUGCACAGGAGAGAAGGGAGAGGGGGAUAUGUUGGAUAUUGAGGAUGAUUUUGGAGCCGACAUGACUGUUGAGUUUUGUGCACCGUCGUGCUCUGAUCUCUGGCUGGCAGAUAAAUACUGUGAUCAUUCCUGCAAUAUUGAAGCCUGUGGCUUUGACGGUGGAGAUUGUGGACUCGAAAGUAUCAGUCGCUUGUACCAUUUGCCUGCUCCUACAUCUUAUAACACUUCCUAUACUCUUCCACAAGGUGUUUUGGUUGCGUGGAUGAAUAUCUCAUCACUGUUAAUCCCUGGUAAGGCAGUGGAUGGACACCACACUGAGCACCGAGGUUUACGCACCAUUGCCGUAAACACCGCUCAGGGCAUGCUCUUCAUCAUACUCAAGACAAACAUUACAGCUACACUGCACAUCGAGUUAGAUAUAAUCAACAAAGAACACAAAGGAGAGUCAACAAAGGAGAGAGACCAUAUCAAAUAUGACAUCACUGUUAAAUGUAACACAUUCCCAGCUGCAAAUAACGUACUCGGGACUGUACAGAAACCUGCAUCCAGGCCUCCUAUAAAUGCCAGAAACUUUACUUUCGACCAAGUGGUUCCAAACAUUUUAAAGAAUAAAGAACCAGUCAGUCUCGAUGAUAUGAAAUAUGCUCUAGUUAAUGUUAAUGCAUCAAAUCUACCAGAAUCUCUCGGUAUAAAAAUUCGUCAUUUAGAAAGUCUGUUUAAAAAUGAAGAACUGACCCUCCUUGGAUUAAAAAGGAAGAAAUCAAACCUCGUUGAAAAAUAUUUACGAACCAAUGCUGAUCAUAAAUUGGUUUAUCAUAAAAUUAGUGAGUGGUAUGAAGAUGAAAAGCUUCCCUCUGGUGAAAUGAAAUUAAAAAAUUAUAAUGUACUUAAAGAUGAACAGACUAAAGUCCAUAACGAGAAGGAAAUUAGACGGGUUUCUUUGAAUCAAAUUGAAUCGCAAAAUGUCAGUACAAGAACAAACUCCAGGUCCUUGUUAUGGUCUCAAAUGUCAGUAAAGGAGUCAUAUUUGGACAAAAUAAAGGAAAUUAAUGAUUUGCCGCUUUCCAAUAGAAUUGCAGCGCACAAAAAAAAGUUGAAUAUAAACACUGGAACCUUAUUGACAUAUUUGGGCAGCCUUCCUUGGGAAAAACAGGAAUUAUUUUCUGUUGGAGCUUUUAAAAGUGCAGAAGUUAAUGGAGAUUAUGGACAACGACGCAGUGGCCAACGACGUCUACUUGACAUGUUUGCUGAAUCCCUUCUUCACGUCAAUCGCCUGUACAAUUCUGAAUAUGGCUAUCAGGCUCGAAGGGUCCCUGCUCAUAUGCCACACCUCAUCAACAAAAGUGUAAUGGAGAGUUUGCAAAACAGAUUUAUGGAAGAAUUUCAGCUAACAUCAUCCCACAAGAUAAGGCAGGCCAAUGAUAUGCAGUAUGCUUUCUCAUAUUAUUUCUUCCUGAUGAGUGAAAAGAGAAUCAGGACUCCAACAGAAGUCUUUACUAUUUUUGACACUGAUAAUUCAGGAACUCUGUCAGACCGAGAGAUACGAACAUUAUUGACUCACCUGAAUGACCUCCCACUUCACUACAGUACUUUACAAGUGUUCCACCAUAUAAUUAAAAAUUGUUCUGCCACCCAUCACAUCAAACCAGUGCCAACCCCAGUCUAUGAAAGAUAUGCUGACUCUGACUUGCCAACAGUGAGCUUAGAACUGCUGUUAGAAUGUGAACCAUUAACUUCUCUACUAAGCAAGCUAGAGAGUACGAAGAAAUACAAAUUUGUUCAUCAGUCUGAUGACGUUGUUCACUUCAAGAUGGUUAAUUCCAAUGUGUCUGUAGUUGUACACAUGCUAGAUGAGGUCCGGAAAAACCCAAGGAAAUUUAUUUGCUUAAAUAGUAACCUAGAUCCAAGAAGUAGAGAGAAUGAUCUGAUACAUGCCCUAGUCCAGGACACUUAUGAAUCACUUUUUCCACUGCCUUCGUCAUUUGAGUUACCCGUGAACUACCGCAAUCGGUUCCUGUAUGUUGAAGAACUGUUAGCCUGGAGGAAAUGGAGGGAUUUCAUUCGCGCACUGAUCUAUGCUUGCUUGGCCUCGUUAAUAUUUCUCACAUUGAUCAACUUCUUCAGUACAGAGCUGGAAGGCCUCCGUAGAAAGUUGUGCAGGAGACGACGACGGCGUAGAGAUGGGCUUGGAGGAAUUAGGGUGUGAGGAAAUGCUUGCUGGACCUCUUACACUUCUCCAAUGAAUAAAACUGGAGUUCUUACGUUUGUUUUUAUUUUUUAAAUAUAUAAACGUAAGACCCAGGACCCGGAUUCACAAAGCAGUUACACAAGUACUGUACUUACGAACGUGUACAUCUUUCCUCAAUCUUUGAUGGCUUUAGUUACAUU